AUCUUACGAUUGCAUUUGCGAUAAUGAGAAACGGUGAAAUAACACAAAACACGGACAAUGAUCAAGAAAAAUUAUCGUCGCCGGAAGAGUUGGUGCGGUCGACGGUACCAUCUGAUCAGCACCACGUGCAACAACCUACCCUGCCGUUAAUCAGCGAAAAGCAAUGCAAUUUAGUGAAGUCCAAAUCGACAAACGAGGAGUACGAGAGGAGAGGAGAGGAGCUUGUAGCACCGAACGCUCACGCAAAAGGCAUUCGAAUGCAAACGGUUAUGAGCAUUUUGGCCAACUUAACCGUACUCUCGUCCGGAAUGGGUCUCGGUUAUUCCGGAAUCACGCUACACACUCUCACUGCUGAGGAAAAUCCAAUGAGAAUGAACCCUAGUCAAGCUUCCUGGUUCGCCUCCAUCAGCUCCAUUGCGUGCCCCCUUGGUGGAAUCGUUUCGGGGUAUCUGUUGGAUCGAAUCGGAAGGAAGAAAACCUUGAUGCUCAUCAAUGUGAUCUCCAUCGUGUCGUGGACAAUGAUAGCCGUUUGCAGCAGGACCAAUUUCGACCUGAUGUACACACAAAUCCUAAUUGCACGUGUACUUAUCGGAGUUGUGAUCGGUUUAGUCAGCGCACCGGCUGCUAUCUAUUCGGCGGAAAUUGCUACAUCUAAACUACGCGGCCGACUUACCGUCCUUACCUCGCUGAUGAUUGCCGUAGGCAUUUUGGUUAUCUACUCGUUAUCAUACGUUAUACCGCAUGAUUUCCGACUAGUUGCUGCUUUGGCUGCAUUCAUCUGCGUAAUCUCGCUAUUGCUACUGUUUGCUAUGCCAGAGUCCCCGGCGUGGCUUAUAUCGAAAGAUCGGAACGAGGAAGCCGAAAGAUCGCUGAAGACAAUCCGUGGCUACGGAGGGCAUCGACAGCAUGUGGCGGAGAUCGAUCAGGAGAUCGAGCGUAUGCGGGAAACCGUUUCGGCUCAGCGCAGGGCUGGAAAGGAAAGCUUUCUACAGCUAUUAAGGCAACCCCAGGUGUACAAGCCUCUGGGUAUAAUAAUCGGAUUUUUUGGGUUUCAACAAUUUUCCGGAAUCUUUGUAAUCAUUGUCUAUGCAGCUAAUGUUUCAACCGAGGCCAGCGUUACGAUAGAUCCUUUCUUGUGUACCGUACUGAUCGGUAUUACGCGCGUUGUUGCCACACUACUAGUGGCGUAUAUUCUCGACACUCUCGGUCGUAAACCACCAUCAAUUUUCUCGGGCGUCGGCAUGCUAGUUUGCAUGUUUGGAUUGGCUGGAUGCGUCAAUUUCUCCCUUACCGAUGGCUUGAAAUGGAUACCAAACGUGUUGAUACUUACGUAUAUUUUCACCAGUACGCUAGGUUUUCUGACGAUGCCAUUCUCAAUGCUAGCCGAGUUGUUUCCUCAGACCGUACGAGGUCCAGCAUCCGGGGUAACGGUAUUUUUUACCUAUCUGAUGUCCUUCGUCACGAUCAAGCUUUACCCGUGGAUGGUAGAGGUGAUGGGAAGCGUCAACGUGUUUAUAUUUUACGGAGUAGUCUCAUUACUUGGUGUGAUUUACGUUCACUAUGUCGUACCUGAAACCAAAGGCAAGUCUUUGCAGGAGAUCGAGGAUUACUUUCAGGGACAGUCCCAUAGUUCAUCACAUCUUAAAUCUUCACAGAGCGAAGAAGAGGAGCUUAGCUGUCUUUCGUCUGUUAAGGCUUAAGCAUAGAAGCAUCGCAAUGGCAUUAUAUUCACCACUGACACAAACUGACACAAGCAUAGGUCAAUUGACGCCAAUCUUUUGCGGGAAUUCAAAUAACUGCGCUGAGCAGAAGUUUGACAAUCUUUUUUCCAGGCGCCAUAUAAAAGCGAGCAUAACUGAAAGCCGCUGAUUAACUUUAAUUGAAACGCGUGGCUUGUUGUAUGGAAUUGCUCCACUUUACGCUAAAGCGGUUUGUAUGCUGGGAACCACUAGAACCGUUUCAGUUGCCAUUUUCAUCAAUAUUAAUUAAGUCAACUCUGUGAUCUGCGGCGGUUCUCUGAUCCGUAAGGGAACAUAUCUCACGCUAUGAAUAGUUUAGUAAUAUUAGAAUUUUUCAUCGGUGUGCCAUAUUCGCAAAGUAUGAGCAAUACUGUAGCGCAGAAUACAUUACGAAGCCUCAAAGGUCUGAU